UAAACUGUUGAGCUCACGCACACACACACAUACUGGCAUGGAACGUAAACAAUAAACAAUUAACUUAAAAAUAGAAAAGCUCAAAAUGCCAAAUAAAAACUGUCGCAUUUGCUCUGGACAGGAGGCUCCAAUUAACAUUUUUGAGCCUGAAAAUAUUCACUUGGUUCGCCAAAUUCUGUCCAUUACGGGAGUAGAGCUAAGUGAUAGAGAAGAACUCUCCAAACACCUGUGCCUGGCUUGCCUGGGUGAUCUCAACGUAGCUAUUAAGUUCCGCCAACGCUGCAUUAUAUCCGAGAAGCAGAAUCUGGAGAGGAUCGAGGCUGUCCUCAAACAUAACUCAAUACAAGCAGAGGAGCAGCAGGACAUAGAUGAUACCGAAAUCGAGUUGUAUUUCAGCAGGAAAGAUGAAGUUACUCUAAGCCUGGAACCCACAGAAACCUUUCCAAUUCCUGGAGAAUCGGAAAAAGUGGCCAAACCAAAACCAGUUGGCCGAGGUGGACCCUAUGUCUGUGGAGAAUGCGGGAAAAGUAUUAACUGCAGGUCAAACUUUUUAGAGCACAAGCUCAGGCAUACGGGCAUCAAGGAUUUUCAUUGUCAGUUUGGAUGCGGCAAGAGCUUUGUCACCCGCAAGGAACUGCUUCGCCACAAUCGUACCCACACCGGCGAGAAGCCCUUUGCCUGCAUCUACUGUCCUUUGCGGUUCUCGGACUCCAGUGCCCGUCAGCAGCACCAUCGUCGCCACCGGGACGAGCGCAAUUUUCAGUGUGAGAUCUGCGAGAAGAGCUUCAUCAGUUCCGGAUGCCUCAACAAGCACAAAGUGGUGCAUUCCUCGGAGCGCCAGCACUAUUGUAAAAUCUGUGAUAAGAGCUUUCAAAGGAAGUCCAACCUGCGUAAUCAUAUGACAACCAUUAAUCACCUGGAAAUGGCAAAUAGUUUAGCGUAAAAUGUACAUAAACUAUAGAUAUUUUUUAUAUUUAAAAUAUUCAUAAAUAAUGUAAGAAUCUUUCGAUCUCUUUUUGAAUCUGCAAAGUGCAAGUAUUUUGUAACUUUUGAUUAAAACCAUAACUUGUAA